AUGAAGAGAAAAAAUAAAAAGGAUAUUAAACCAGUGAUUAAGUUACCCUACCCUCAGAGAGUGACAAAGAAGGAUCCAAGCGAGUCAUACUUUGAGAAACUCAUGACAAUGUUAAAAAAGAUAGAGAGUCACAUGUCUUUGUUUGAAGCACUCGAGCGAAUGCCCAUGUACAAAAAAUACAUGGAAGAGGUAAUGGCCGGAAAGAAACCAACAACAGAAGAACUAGUAGCCUUGAAGGAAAAAUGUAGUGCAAAUUCACUGGGGCAGAAAAAUCCAAAUAAACAGAAGGAUCCUGGAGCGGUAACAGUAUCAUGCAAAAUUAAAGAGAGAACUUUCAAAAAGGUACUAAUUGAUUCUGGAGCUAGUGUGAGUCUGAUGCCAUUAUCAAUCUAUCACAAAUUAGGUAUUAAAAAUGUUAGUGAUACAAAGACAAAUCUGAAGUUUACAAAUCACUCGACAAAGGAUGCAUAUGGUAUAGCAGAAGACAUACUAGUGACAAUAGAGGAUUUGAGUUUCCCUAUUGAUUUUGUGAUCCUAGACAUACCUGAAGAUAAAGAGACACCCAUCAUUCUUGGUCGACCUUUCAUGCAGACAAGUCGAUGCAAUCUCGGCAUGGACCAGGGAAUGAUAACCUUAAAAGUUUAUGAUAAGGAAAUAACAUUGAAUGCUAUUGAAAACCAUGAGCUAGAGAUAGAAAAAGAACAUCACUAUCAAGUAGGCUUGACCAGGACAGAGGUGAGAAGGCAAAGUAACGCACCGACAUCAGAAAAAGAUACAAGAAGGCCUUCUCAAGCAUCACCACCUCCAUUAGCAACUCCAACUCCUAGUUCUAGUCCAAACGCACAAGGAAAUAAGCAGAAGUCUUAUCCUCAAGGACGAGGAACUGGUCGGGCCAUCAACAUUGUUGCCUUUGUAGAUGAUUACUUAGGGAGAGUUGGUUGGGCAGAUUCCGGUAGUAUUUCCGUUGGGGGCAUGAUUAUCCAAAUUGCUGAACAUUUUGGGUUUAUCACUGCACUUCCUAAUGUUGACAGAGUAAGUAUUGUUGAUUGUGCUAAUUGGUUAUAUGUGAGUGCUUACCCUGAUACAGAGGAAGGCUACGAUGCUAAAAAUCUAGUUGUAGGUGAACAAGUUGUUCUUGGUGUUAUUGUUAGAUUAGGCGAUGAUCAUUAG